CAUCCCUCACAGCGCAUCGAUCUCCCUCCCCACUCUACCUGCAGUGUGAAUUCUGCUCGCGACUCGUCUGAUCGCGCCCACCCUCGUUUGAUACUACUCAUCCUCCAAUGCAAUUCACCUUGAAGCUCGCAUUUGUAUAUCUCCUGGCCGGUGUUCUCGCGAACACGGUGUGCGCCGCGCCGGUCAAUGUGGCGGCCCGUACUAUCGACGAUGUUGAUGCAACGCAUGCGUCUCCGGAGGUCGAAAAACGUGGCUGCCGCAUGCGUUACUGCAUCUGAGAGCGGGGAUCAUAAUAUCAGACGCACUCGUUCCCCUCCGUGUUUAAAGUUGGUUAAGCACCACCAAAUCGGGCAGCCCUCAUUAUGCGCCAUCAAAGCCGUUCUCUAUUCUCGUCCCACUGAUGUUUCCACCUUCUUUUGCCAUCGAUUAUUGCACUUGAAUCAAUCUUUGUAGCUGCCCCCUAGUCCAUUGUAUCACUAAUGUCUCCUUCCUCCCACAAUACCCUUGUUCUCUGUCCUAUCACUUUUGGCGACCUUACCAAUGCUUCUUAUAACUCUGUCUUUUUCCACUUCACUGCUUCGUACUUUGCAGUUUCCCUUCUUUAUCUUCUUUAUGUACUACUUGGUUGUUUCGCUCGACGCAAGCUAUUUAUCAAAUAUGC